AUGUCCGGUCCCGGUAUAUGUAGUAACGAACUUGGCAACUCCAUGAAUCGAAUGAUCGAGAAUGCUCAUUUGCAGUGUGUUGAACAAAUGAACAGCUUCUCUCAGCCCGUGGCAUCCAUGAUGCCAAAUAAACUACAAACUGCAGAUCUGGAAACUAGAAGUAAUUACAUCUCAUUCAUUGGAGGUGCCCCGACAGUUAGAAGCGGUAUGGAACUGGCGACUAUGCAGAACAUGGGUCUCACACAGUCCCACUGUACGUGCGACCGCCAAAAUAACUAUUUGCAUGUCUCAGGCGGUAGUGGCAAUCAGCUUCAAGAAGCAACUCAAACGAUGUCGCAUGAUGAGACGCAUACAUCGAUAACCUCUAUCAAACGGCGAUCAUCUGGAGUGUCAGACAAAUCUGUUUACGCGAAACGUUUUACGAACACCGUCAAUUUCGCAGAUGACAUCAGACCCAUCGGUAAAUCUGGGAUGACUGUUCUGGCUGAUGGGAAACUCGGAAGAAGAGUACACAUUGAAAUUCCGCUGGAAUACACUUACGAACUAGAAGAUCUAUCUGUGCAUAUCCAUACGACCCGCAUCACUGUCACUGGACAGUGUUUCAGAAACCAGUGGGACCGCCCAAAAUCCUUCGAGGCAAUUUAUACUGCUCCAGGAUCUCUUGAUAUGAACACGUUGAGGAAGCAGUUAAGGAACAGGCUGCUACUGGUGGAGAUCGCAUUACUCUAG